CGGUACUGUGUACAAAAAAUUGUAAACUCGUCGACUAGUUACAAAGUCCACUCAUAUAGUAUCACACAUUAUUGCAAUCAUUCCAAUUUCCAAUACCAGUUUAGUUGAAACAAGACAUUAGUCAAUAGUGUUGUAGUUGUGUUUUUUUAAGUAUGGCUAUGAGAAAGUCAGCCUACCAUGCAGCAAGGAGGUUGAGCAUUCCAGCUUUAAAGCUUGCUAUUCGUAAUAAUAGCACUUUGGAGAAGAAUAUUUUAACGUCAGUUUUCAAAGACAUUCCUAAAGUGAAUUAUACCGUCCCCGAGUUUGUUUGGCAAAACUUGGACAGAUGGCCAGAUAAGACUGCAACUGUGUGUGCAGUGACAGGCCAUGGCUACACGUACGCGCAAACACACAGGAUGUCCAUCGCUUUCGCGGCCUCACUCCGAACCAAGUUGAAGUUGAAGAACAAUGACAAGGUGGCGAUAAUCCUGCCGAAUCUCCCCGAGUAUCCCUGUGCACUGCUCGGAACGUUAGAAGCAGGCUGCAUAGCCAGUCUCAUGAAUCCUGCCUACACUGCUCACGAGCUGCAACACCAGCUAGCCAAAAUCGACUGCCAAGCGAUAAUCGCCUCUAAAUUCUCCUACGCCAACAUAAAAGAGGCCCUAAACAUCCUUAAGAAAGACAUUCCUGUAAUCCUAGUCGACAACGACAACUUACCAGAAGGGGCGAUAAAAUUCGCCGAAUUCGCUGAAGAUUUUAACCUAUGUACGGACUGUUUGAAGUCGGUGAAGAGGGGGGCAGAUGAUGUGGCGAUUUUACCGUUUUCUAGCGGGACUACUGGAUUUCCGAAGGGUGUGGUUUUGAAUCAUAGGAGUGUGGUGGCCAUGAAUCAGCAGAUAGCUGAUCCAGAGAUUAUUGUUAUUGAGGAGACUUCUGAAACCCACCAGGCUGUGCUGCCAGCCAUCUUGCCUUUCUUCCACAUCUUCGGCUUCAAUGCGCUCAUGGUGAACCAGAUGUACCUCGGCGUAAAGCUGGUCACCAUGCCGUACUUCAAGCCGGAGCUGUUCCUGCAGACCCUCGUCAAGUACCAGGCUAAUGUGCUGUUCCUCGUGCCGCCCAUGGUGGUGUUCCUGGGCAAGCACCCGGCGGUGCAGGCGGCGCACCUGCGCAGCGUGUACGGCGUCGUCAGCGGCGCCGCGCCCGUGUCCCACGCCGACGCCGCCGCCGUCCUCAACAAAAACCCGAAAAUAAACUUCCGUCAAGGCUACGGUCUCACAGAGACCAACGGCGGCGUCUCGAUCGGUUUCAACACCGACGCCAACCACGCGUCCGUCGGGCACGUGUUCCCCAGCUCGCAAGUCAAGAUCGCGGACAUUCAGACACAAGAGGCACUCCCUGCUGGAAAGGAAGGUGAAAUCUGGUACCGCGGCCCCAACCUGAUGCAGGGCUACUACAGGGACGAGGAAGCUACCAGAGAGGUGUUCCACGACGGCUGGUACAAGACCGGCGACAUCGGCAAGUACGACGAUAAGAAAUACCUGUACGUGACUGAUAGGAUGAAAGAGCUCAUUAAGGUAAAAGGUUUCCAAGUAGCCCCCGCGGAACUGGAAGCCAUCAUCCGAACUAACCCCAAAAUCGCGGACUGCGCCGUCCUAGGCAUCCCGGAUCCGAACACGGGCGAAGUUCCGAAAGCUUUUAUAGUAACCCAACCGAACCAGACCAUCUCCCCUGAGGAACUGAAGGAAUUCGUCAACAGUAAGCUAGUAUCGUUCAAACAUAUUAAGGAGGUACAGAGCAUUGAUGCUAUACCGAAGAAUGCUGCUGGUAAGAUCUUGAGAAAGGAUUUGAAGGCUAAGUACUGUUAACCAUUUGUGACGUUUUCAAGCAAAAGGUACCACAUUGUCGCUUGCUAUAAGGACGAAAUUUGCUUGUAUCCUUAUACCAUAGAGUAACUUAUACUAGAGCGGUACUGUCAUAGUAAAUUUUGUAACCCCAUUAAAUUCACUGCCAUCUGUCGACACACUUUAAAACUAAAAAUGAAGAUUUAUAAAAAUACGAUAAAAUGUAUUUAAAUAUAGAUAAAUAAUUUUUUUAUUUGCAUUAAUUAUUUUUAUGAUUUUGACCCGUGUUCUCUGUCACUGAUAUGCGUUAAAAUUGUUAAAUAACAAACGAAACCGUCAACGCCAUCUAUACGACAGUUGGCCAAAACUAGUAGCGCCCUCUGAACGAGAAUCAAAGUUUCUUGAUUUUCGAGGCACGUUUUUUCCUUAGACUGUAUCCAUCUAUUACGGAGUUAUAUCUAUCUUUGCUUAUACGAAUAACCUGUCACAGCGUUCUUAUGGCAAGCGACAAUGUGGUACCAUUUGCUUGAAAACGACACAUUUGAAGGCCUAUCGUGCGUCAGUUCAUAUCUUUGCUUUGCUUUAGCUAUUUUCGAAGAUUUUUGUCACCUCGCGAUGUGUUUAUACUUAAUUUCAAGGAAAAAUGAUACAAUUUGAAUAUAAUUUUUACAAAGUGUUAUGUACCCGCUGUCCUUUUCAAUCACUUAAGCGCUUUCCGCUACAUAGCGGAAACUACGUGUUAUCGGCUACGCUCGCAGCGCGUAGUUCGCAAGACACAGGUACACAGAUAUUUUAUACAUUCGAUUUUAAAUUGUUUCUUAAUAAUGCUUACUCGUAAAUGUUAUGAUAUUUUGUUAAAGUAUUGACAUAAGUAUGGGUAUUGGAAAAAGUAUAGUAUUAAGAAUCCUAGUAUUUUAAGACUGAUACGUAUUUACACGACUAUUUCUAUACAUAUAUGAUUGUUUAAGGAAUAACAUGAAUAGAGGCUAUUACUGCAAUGUUCUGCCACCAGAGUGCAGCACUAGCCUUUUUAGUAAGCCAGGUUGACUGAAUUGUACAUGUAAAAUGCAAUCCGAAAAUUGUAAAAAGCUAAAAAGUAUUGUCAUGUCCUCAUACUCAAAAAUCAAAUUAAUUAAUUACUGUAUAUUAUCUUAGGCAAUAAGGUCAAAUCAAGGGUCCAAUGAAAUGGUGUAAACAAAAUUUAUAUGAAGUUUUAUUCUUGAGAUAUAUUAAUUGAAAAGUGUUCACUGUUUUAUAAAUUGUUAUGUAUUGACUUACUCGUAAAAUGUAAAUAAUAUCAUAUGAUAAAAACAAGGCCAAUUUUAAUCAAUUUUAUUUUAUCAAUGUCACCAAAAGGUUAUGUUAUUAAUUAUGAUAAUUUUUACUUUUGUGAUUAUUUUUGUUUAUAUGUUUGAUAUAAAUGGUUUCAUAUAUGUGACGUUUUCAAUCAAAAGGUACCACAUUGUCGCUUUCCAUAAGGACGAAAUUGGAUUGUAUCUAUACGAAUAACCUGUCAGAGCGUCCUUAUGGCAAGCGACAAUGUGGUACCUUUUGAUUGAAAACAGCACAUAUUAUCGUCGUGAUUAUUUGUGCCGUUCUCAACCAAAAGAGUACUUAUUGUCGGUUGUCAAUAAGGCGCUAUUUCCUUCAAUUUGAAAUCAACCUUAUCGACAAGCGACAAUGUGGUACCUUUUGGUUGAAAACAUUACCAGACUUGUGCAAUAUUUUGUUAAUUAUCAUUGAAAUACAAGUAGAUAAAAACAUAAUCAAUAAAGACUUAAUAAUUCGCUUUUAACUCUCCAUAUAUUGUAUUAUUAGAAACCUAGCUUGUUAGUCAUAUAUACAAUAAAAUA